AUGACCGUCGAGACGGUUACUCCUGCCCUGAAGGCAUCCGCCAUCUUCGGCCCUAUCAAGGGCCAAUUAAAAACGAAAAGGGUGUUCAAGCACCUUCGACCUCAUACACAAAUCUCAACAAACUUUGACGAUCUCAAAUUCAAUGCCGCAGCAUCCUUCCAACUGCAAUGGGGACAGGAAGAGGAACAAUCAGACACACGCCUCAUUGCCUCACCAUAUAACGACGUCCCUCACCUCCUGGAUCUAGAGACACUGGACACCCAGAGUCGUCUUCUAGCACUUGCACUUUCCUUUUUCAAGUCCGUCCGUGAUGACUACGCAACUGGGGAGUACCUGGAGUCAUUCAACUGGAACGAGGUCUUUGACCUUGUAAAAGCUUUUGCAGAAGCAGAGGGUCACACCUGGACAAGGCAGUCUUUUUAUGUGGUAUCCUUCCGUUCCAGACUCAAGCCCGGCGUGGAUCAAGACCAUUUACAUGCGCUGGACGCAUAUUCGCAUCAAGAAGCUAUUGCUAGCGGAGGCUUGUUGAAGUACUGGUUCGGCACGAAGAAUGAGAAGGAGCAAAAUCUGGCAACUUGUAUCUGGCGCACUAGAGAAGAUGCCAGGCUUGGAGGCCGGGGACCUUGGCAUGCAAAGGCAAGAGCUGCGGCGAGGGAGUUGUAUGAAUCGAUUGUCUUCUCAACGAUGGAAUUGGUUAUUGAGGAUGGUGUCGAAUCCUGGCAUAUCAGUGAUUGGAAGGAUUGA